AGCGCCGGGUUCCGGGGGAAGUGGAAUUAUUUUUUACCAGCGAAGAAGAGAUCAACUUCCACAUCCGGUAACAAGGGCCCCUCUACAAAAAAGGCGCAGACUGACCUGGAAAAGCUUGGCCGGCCCGGCCAUCGGAGGCAACUUAUUAUUUGUGACAAAACCGUGAAACAAAUUGAAGAUGAAAGGACGUUCAUCUCUCUCUAUAGGAGGAUCCUGUGUUUACUGAUGGAUCAUUAUGGAUAAACUCCAAAGGCCAUCCAAUUAGUAGAGCAAUGGCUAACUUACCAUGAAGAUACUCAAAAAACGACGACUGAACUUGUAGCAUCCUUUUGAGGAGACAUCGUAGUAUAUUAACAUGCCUACCGUGGCUUCUGUACCUAAAGAUCUCUAUCUCUGCACUUCGUUGAAAGAUCUGAACAAAAAGACAGAAAUAAAGCCGGAGAAAACAAGUACUAAGAAUUAUGUGCAGAGCGCUGUUAAGAUCUUCAAGGCAGCUGAGGAAUGCCGGUUGGACAGAGAUGAAGAGAAGGCCUAUGUACUUUACAUGAAAUAUGUAACUGUAUACAAUCUUAUUAAAAAGAGGCCUGACUUCAAACAGCAGCAAGAUUACUUUCUUUCAUUACUUGGACCAACCAAUAUCAAAAAGGCUGUUGAAGAAGCUGAACGACUUUCAGACAGUCUUAAGCUCAGAUAUGAAGAAGCAGAAGUGCGUAAAAAACUGGAGGAGAAAGACAGGCAGGAGGAACAGCUGCUGAAAAAGCAAGAAUUGAAAGACGAUGCUAAAACCUCUUCAGAAAUUUCAUCAGAUCCCAAAGGAAAAAAUCAGCUGAUCAAUGGAGACAAGAAAAAUUUGGCAGACAAAAAGGAUUCUUCUCAAAAUGGAGCAGUCACAGCUGAGAAGCUGUUUACAAUGAUGAUGGAUAAAAGCAUCAAGGUUAUGAUCAUGGAUGCCCGGUGCUUAAAGGAUUACCAGGAAUCCUGCAUUAUAAAUUCUGUUUGUGUUCCAGAAGAAGCUAUCAGUGCUGGAGUCACCGCUAACUGGAUUGAAGCUAAACUGCCAGAUGCUUCCAAAGAGCCAUGGAAAGAGAGGGGCCAAGUUGAUUAUGUUGUUUUGCUUGACUGGUUCAGUUCAGCAAAGGACUUACAGUUAGGAACAACUUUACGGAGCCUCAAAGAUGCACUUUUCAAGUGGGAAAGUAGAGCUGUGCUACAGAAUGAGCCUUUGGUCUUAGAUGGAGGUUACGAAAACUGGCUGCUUUACUAUCCUCAGUAUACAACCAAUGCCAAAGUGACUUUGCCCCAACGUAGCCAGAAGGAAACCAUUUCUGUCUCUUUGGACUUUACUUAUCCAUCAUUAGAAGAGCCAGUUCCAGCUCCCCCACCUGUUGUCUAUGUCAAACCAUCUUUUGUAGAAGUGAUUGAAAAACCAGAUACUGCAAAUGAGCAUGAGAAAAAAACAGAGGUACUUAGAUCACUAAUUCCUAGUGGAACAAUUGCUGCUGCUCCUACAGGUAUUCUCAGCCAGCCAGUGUCUGCCAUGAAGAUUAUUCCUCAGGUUGACCGUACAAAAAAACCUCCCACAAAAGUCCCGGAUGACCACAAGGCAAAGGCUGAAAGCCCAGGGGUUGAUACGCAGCCAAAUUCCAAUGGGAAACUGGUUCCAGAUCGUUCCACUAAGCCAUUGCUGGAUGCAAAGCCCAACCUGACAGAUGAAGAGAGAAGCCCGGGGCCCUUGAGAAAGGCUGCCCUGUUAGAAAAAAACGAACAAGAAAAAGAAGUGCAAGAAGAGCAGAGAGAGGUCCAGAGACAGGAAAGGGUGGAACAGAAAGCCAGGGAGGAUCGUGGAGACUGGGAAGGCAGAGAAAAUCUCCAGAGGUACAAAGAAGAUCAAGAGAGGAAGGAGAAAGAAGAGCAGCCCAGUAAAGGGGUUGAUAGAAAACAAGAUGUGGAGGAAGUUCCCAGAGAGUUAGCCGACGUGAAAAAGAAAAGUACAGCUGUGAAUGAAACCCUUGAAGUGAGGAAAACUGAUGUUGACAAAAGUACUGCCAGCGAAAAGGAAAAAGUUAUCUGGACCCCGGAAAUGCAGAGGCGCAGAUUUGCAGAGGAAUCCCAGAGGCCUUUGAGGGGGGAUUCUGGCCUGAGCAAGCAGGCUGGGGUUAAAGGAGUACCAGAGAGAGAAUCUCAUAUCCCAGGAGCUGUUAGAGAGGAUCCCGAACAGGAAUCUGAAAAUCAUAAAUCCCAACGGGAGCCCUUAACAAGAGCUCGGAGUGAAGAGAUGGGAAGGAUCAUCCCAGGAUUGCCCCAUGGUUGGGCCAAGUUUCUAGACCCAGUCACCGGGACAUUUCGGUACUACCACUCGCCCACCAAUUCAGUCCACAUGUAUCCGCCGGAAAUGACUCCAUCCGCCACGCCACCCACUACCCCACCAAUGCAUAAGCCAAAGCCCUCCUCUGCUGAUCUGCGGGACAGAGAACACUCCAAACUGAAGCGCUCUUACUCUUCACCAGACAUAACUCAGGCUGUUCAAGAGGAAGAGAAGAGGAAAAUCCCCACUCCUACUGUGAAUCGCGAGAACAAGCCUCUAUGCUAUCAAAAAACGGAAAUCUCCAGGCUUUCAGCAUCACAGAUACGCCAUCUGAAUCCGGUGUUUGGCGGGAUGGGACCGGCUCUGACCGGCCUUCGCAAUUUGGGAAACACUUGCUAUAUGAAUUCUGUGCUCCAGUGCUUGUGCAAUGCCCCACACCUGGCUGAUUAUUUCAACAGGAACUACUAUCAAGAAGAUAUCAACCGAUCCAACUUCUUGGGGUACAAAGGUGAAGUGGCUGAGGAGUUUGGCAUCAUAAUGAAAGCUCUCUGGACUGGGCAGUACAGGUACAUCAGCCCCAAAGACUUCAAAAUCACCAUUGGGAAGAUUAACGAGCAGUUUGCCGGGUACAGUCAACAAGAUUCUCAAGAGCUGCUCUUGUUUUUAAUGGAUGGCCUUCAUGAAGACUUAAAUAAAGCGGACAACCGAAAGCGCUAUAAAGAAGAAAAUAAUGAUCACCUGGAUGACUUAAAAGCAGCUGAUCUUGCCUGGCACAAGCACAAACAGCUCAAUGAAUCUAUUAUUGUAGCACUCUUCCAAGGCCAGUUCAAAUCUACAGUGCAGUGUCUUACGUGUCACAAAAAGUCACGGACCUUUGAGGCUUUCAUGUAUUUAUCUUUGCCACUUGCCUCCACUAGUAAAUGCACCUUGCAGGAAUGCCUUAGAUUAUUUUCCAAAGAAGAAAAAUUGACAGAUAACAAUCGAUUUUAUUGCAGCCAUUGCAAAACUCGAAGAGAUUCCUUGAAAAAAAUAGAAAUAUGGAAGUUGCCACCUGUCCUUUUAGUACACUUGAAAAGAUUUUCAUAUGAUGGACGGUGGAAGCAAAAGCUUCAAACAUCUGUUGAUUUCCCUUUGGAGAACCUUGACCUGUCACAAUAUGUCAUUGGCCCAAGGAGUACUUUGAAGAAAUAUAACCUGUUUGCAGUAUCCAACCAUUAUGGAGGGCUGGAUGGUGGGCACUACACAGCUUAUUGCAAAAAUGCGGCAAAACAGCGAUGGUACAAAUUUGAUGAUCAUGAAGUCUCCGACAUCUCUUCAUCCUCUGUGAAAUCUUCAGCGGCUUAUAUUCUCUUUUAUACAUCUUAUGAACAGCGGGCUGCAGAUAUAGCCACUUAAAGGAAUGACCGAAGAUACAUUAGCUGUUUUAUAAAUGCACCAACUGUUACUGAGCUGUGACAAAUAUAAAGCUGAGUAAAGAGAGCUGCAGCAGUUUCUUGUCCAAAAUGUAUUUUAGUGCUAUUGCUGAAAAUUAAAUUAUUAACUCUGCUGCUUCAUAUUGAAUAUGUUUCAAACCGACUUAUUUGUAGCUACGCUUGAAAAUUAUAAAUCUUGCUUAGUCAUUUGAAAAGUAUUCAGGAUGUCCUAAAACUCAAAGCAUAUCUUUCCCACAUUUAUGGCCUUUUCACACUAACCUUAAGCUUGAUUCUACUGUGAAUAUCUUAGAAUGAGGUAAGAUAGGAAUGUAUGUGUACAUACUGAUUGCAGAAUUGCACAUCCAACAUGUAUAUAAUAAAGAAAUGCAAUCCUUUGACAAGAA